CGCCCGGUGGUUUGGCCCGGCCUGGCCUACUGGACUUGCUGGAUACUGCCCGGUGUGGCCAAGGCUCGGCAGAGCUCCUGGCACCGCCUCUUCCCAGCCGGCUCCUGUGGGUGGGGGAAGGCAGGAGUGACGCUGAGUGAGUGUAAGGAUGGAGACGCCGGCUCCAGUCGCGGGGGACUGGGGAAAAGGGGUUGGCUUCCCUGGGCCAGGGAUGAGAUGCCGGUGUGGGGUUGCUAGGAGACGCGCUUGUAUGACCCCAGCCUCGCGAGGGCGGCUCGGUGUCAUCGCUGCUGGCCUCGAGAGACCUGCCUAAGGGAACUGUCUCGUGGGCGAGAUCCUGCCUGGGACCCUUCAGACUUUUCGAUUAUAAAUGGAAGGCGACGGGGCAGUUGUAGGAGGCUGGAGAGGUGCUGGCCUUGAGAAAGGCCACCCAAACGAUCCCGGAUGUAGGAGUCAGACUUCAGAUCUAUUGAACAGGAGCAAUAAUUUCUAGACUAGUUGAAAAUCUUGAUUCAAAAACUGUACAUCUGCCUGGCUGUCUACUGUCAAACUGCAUUUUCAGUAAACUUUCUUCCUCUUACUCUGGUGGGUCUGAAGAUGACAGCAGCAACCCGACAAGAAGUCCUCUGCCUCUACCGAAGCAUUUUCAGGCUUGCACGGAAAUGGCAGGCAGCAUCAGGGCAGAUGGAAGACACCAUCGAAGAAAAACAUUACAUACUAAAUGAAGCCAGAACACUGUUCCAGAAAAACAAAAAUCUCACAGACCCAGACCUGAUUAAACAAUGUAUAGUUGAAUGCACAGCCAGGAUUGAGAUUGGACUGCAUUACCAGAUUCCUUAUCCACGACCUAUCCAUCUGCCUCCAAUGGGUCUCACCCCACGACGAGGUCGGGGACUUCAAACCCAGGAGAAACUGAGAAAACUUUCCAAACCAGUGUAUCUGAAGUCUCAUGAUGAAGUUUCCUAAGAAAGAGGACACUUUACUUUUGAGAAUGGUGAGCCAACUCAGUUUUGAAUGUAAACCAGGCAAUAUACCCUUCAUGACUAGAAGCAAAACUACUACCUUCAGACCUCCAAAAUUGGUCUUAACCUAUGACAUGUGGCUGCAGGCAUCCCUAGGGUUUUUCAGGGUCUUGCUUGCUGCUUGAACUGAUGACAUUGUCCCUGGAGGUCAUGGACUUUACAUCUUCACUAAAGUUGUCCUUGGGAACUAUUUGUGGCCUGUAGAGGAAGGCUGAAGGCAAUUCUUGGGGCUGCCAUCCAGUAUGCAUCUGAUGCAAAGGGAUUAACUAGUUGCUGCAAGUUCACAUAACUCCAAAGCUGCCCUGCUCCCCAAAACUUGUUAAAACUGGUUUCUGUAUAUUUUUUCUGUUUGUUUGUUUUUGUUUUGUUUUGUGGUCUCCUGACUCUUGUAAUUUCCAGAUUUACCCAGUUAUA